AUGAACGCCGACGGGAUGCAACCACCAAUCAGAGGCUGUCAGGUUAUGUUGUUGUCGUUAACUGAUCGAACAGAAGAGGCGAAGGUUCAGUUCGUGGUUGCGGCACAAAAGGAAGCAAUGAAGAAGUUGAUUGAAGCAGUCGAGAGAGGGGGUUUCAGUAAGAAGAGCGCCCUCUUGGACGAAGAGAAAAGAUUCGACUGGUUCGAGCAGUGUUCAAGAAUUUUCAUGUGGACUCCGCGUGGCGAGAGUAAUACUAUGGGCGAAACACUGGCAAUGCGUGACCUCAAAGACUAUCUCGAGUUCGUGGACCCAGGCGACGAGUUCUCCCACGUUUCCGAUCAGGUUUGUCGUGAGAGCGUCAAUCGGAAAAUGUCGGAAGUGCGAAAGGCACUGAAGAAG